UGCUACGAAGAAGUAGUGGAAUAUCUUUAACUAAUUUCUCCAGAAUGUAGUUUUCGUGCGCACUCUUGCACAGCUCCGUCAUAGCCAAAUCUUAUAAAAGUCAGUGUACGGCCAAAUACAAUGUACAAAUCCCAAAAGUUGCCAGCCCUGGCUUAAAAACAGCUGAACCUGCAACUCUGCUGCCGGCUCUCCCUGCGCCCACUCUCUCUCGCUGCGUUGCGGGAACUCGAGUUCCAAUUCCAAUCGGAACGUCGGCGGCAGAUGUGCGUCGUUUGCUGAGCGGCUGGUGGCACAUAUAUAAACAAUAAAAAGCGUAAAUUCAAUUGAAUCAAGACAACAACAACAACGGUUUCUGGGACUCGGUUGCCCUGCCAUAUGUGACACCUAGCACACACAUGCGCCCGUAAAUUCCGAAACUUCAACAUCUGUUUCAGCGCGGACGCGGAUGCGGUGCACGAAAGUGAAAUUUCGCAGCGACAAGUGCAAGAGAAAACGGAGAAAGGUGGCACCGGAGCUGACUGCAAGUCCUGGUCAUGUCGUCGCUGCAGCUCGAGAUCAGCAGCGGCCGCACCAACAAGAACAACAAUACGUAUGGAUAUGCGGACAACAACAACAGCAUCAUGCAGAAGCCAUUACCCGCCACCUCUGCCCCCGCUUCCGCCCAGCUGAUCCAAGGCAAGGAGGUGGACCCACUGGAGAGCAGCGCAUCAACCACCUGCGAUCCCUCCUCGGCCGCCCUGGAGUCCUCGGAGGACACCGAGUGUGACCCCUUCCUCGCCAGCACCCCUUCCAUUCGAAGGGGCCCUCGGCCCUCUUCAUCCUCAGUCCUCCGAAGCCGGAAGCGUAUGUCUUGGUGGGCACGUGCCCAUGGCUACCUCACCCGCAACUGGUACCUGGGAUGCCUGGUGCCCGCCUGCAUUUUGGGCGCUCUCGUCUUCAUCGGCUGGACGACGCGGGACUACGCCCGCCAGCUGCUCUUCUGGAUUGAGAUGCAAAACGCCUGGAUUACCUUCGCCGUGUACAUGGCGCUCUUCGCCCUGGUCAGCUUCCCCGUGGUGGUGGGCUACUUUGUCUUGCUCAUCACCGCCGGCUACCUGUUUGGCUGCCUGCGCGGCUGGCUCACCGUUAUUCUGGGCGCCAACCUCGGCAUCGCCUUGGCGCACGCCACCAUUCGCAGCUGCCGGCACCGCAUUCCCGUGCAAAGGUUGAUCAAGAAUGAUACGGGACGUGCUAUUCUUCGCGUGAUAUCUGGACCAAAGGCAUUUCGGGUGGUGCUCUUUACACGACUUACCCCCAUUCCCUUCGGAGUUCAGAAUGUGAUAUUUGGAGUAAUUUGUGGCGUGGCUUUGAUGUUCUGGGUUCUUCAGAAGGCGAGGAAAGAGCUUUCAGAGACGCUGCUCAGUGCUGAUUAUAAUAACGAGGGCAAACACUCUGACAUCCAAGUCUAAGAGAAACCACUUGGGGAGGAGAGUUCCCACAGGAGACCGGGCCCAAGAGAAUUUUCUGGAAUGCUGGACAAGACUGCAUUUUUGAAUUAACUAAUUUAAGCGAAGGUGAUUUUUGAGUUUUAUUAUUUGUUUAUGCUCAAGGCAAUGCCAUGAAUACCAAACAUUAAGCUAGCUUUAUCUUCGAUUUGUUUAUGGAUUUGCAUUCCUCGCUUCCUUAAAAGAUCGAUCUACAUCACAAUUUAUUUAUUCAAAAUAAGGAUAUUUACAAUUAUGUCAAUGCGUCGCUCAGAAAUUGCUAAUUUUAGAUUCGACUUACGGUCGUAAUGCUGCUCUACAAUGUGGUUCAAUUACUAGUUUGUAAGUAAAUCUAAUAAAUGAGCUAUUUUGUUCAA